UCUUCUUCCCUUGCCGCCACACGCCAUCCCUUGCCGCCAUUCCACGCCUCCGGCUCCGGCUCCGGCUCCGAGAGCACCGGUCGGAUUCGGGUUGGGUGUAUAUACGCUGCUGCGAGCCGCCCCGGAACGAUGGAGGCGGCGGCCGCCGCGAGGGAGAUGGAGGCGAGGAUGAGGAAGGAGAAGAAGGACGGGGUGGUGAAGGAGGUGAUACGGCUGGAGAGGGAGUCCGUCAUCCCCAUCCUCAAGCCCAAGCUCAUCAUGAAGCUCGCCUACCUCAUCGAGCAAGAUAAGGAUCGUGCCGAGUUCUUGAAGCUAUGUAGGAGGGUGGAGUACACUGUUCGUGCUUGGUAUCUUCUGCAAUUUGAGGACCUAAUGCAAUUGUAUGCCCUAUUUGAUCCUGUAAAUGGCGUCAAGAGUUUGGAGCAGCAAAGCCUGAGACCAGAUGAGAUUGAAACACUUGAACUCAAUUUCUUAACCUACAUGUUUCAGGUAAUGGAAAAGAGUAACUUCAAGUUGUUAUCUGAUGAAGAGUAUGAUGUAGCCCAGUCUGGUCAAUAUCUUCUGAAUCUACCAAUCAAAGUUGAUGAAUCCAAGGUAGACAAGAAGUUGUUGACAAGGUACUUCAAAGCACAUCCACAUGAUAAUCUACCAGCAUCCGCAGAUAAGUACAUUAUAUUCCGUCGGGGCAUUGGAAUCGAUAAGACAACUGAUUACUUCUUCAUUGAGAAAGUGGAUGUAAUCAUAUCACGGUUGUGGAGAUCAUUGCUCAGAGUUACAAGGAUUGAUAAAUUGUUCUCUAAGAAACAGCGAUUGAGGCCCAAAAAGGACACAAAGAAGACUGAUGACGAAGUUAAUGAUGUAGUAGAAGAACAAGAUUUUUCUGUUGAGCGUAUUCGCUUAGAAAAGAUGGAGCUGAGCAUAAAGAAUCUACUAAGUCCAAUGACAAUUCAAGAACCUACAUUUGAAAGGAUGAUUGUGGUAUAUAGGAGAGCAAGCACAGAGGUUAAACCGGAUCGAGGAAUAUUUGUAAAGCAUUUCAAAAAUAUUCCAAUGGCUGAUAUGGAAUUAGUUCUGCCAGAGAAGAAGAACCCUAGUUUAACUCCAAUGGAUUGGGUGAAAUUUCUUGUUUCUGCUGUGAUUGGGUUGGUCACUCUCAUAGGUUCUCUUGAAAUGCCAAAGGCUGAUAUAUGGGUUGUCAUAGCAAUCUUGUCUGGUUUAGUUGGAUACUGUGCUAAGAUCUAUUUCACAUUUCAGGCAAAUAUGGUAGCUUAUCAAAAUUUGAUUACAAAAUCAAUGUAUGAUAAACAGCUUGACAGUGGAAAAGGAACACUUCUGCAUUUGUGUGAUGAUGUGAUCCAGCAAGAAGUUAAAGAGGUCAUUGUUUCUUACUACAUUUUGAUGGAGCAAGGAAAGGCAACUGUACAAGAACUCGAUUCACGCUGUGAACAGCUCAUUAAGGAAGAAUUUGGUGUUGAGUGCAAUUUUGACGUUGUUGACGCUGUAAAGAAGCUAGAAAAGCUUGGUAUUGUAUCUCGGGAUUCAAUUGGGAGAAUUAUUUGUGUUCCCCUGAAGCGCGCAAAUGACAUUAUAGGGACUACUACUGAAGAAAUGGUGAUGCGAGCUCAACAAACCUCAGCUGGUCCAUAAGUUCUUUAUCUGAAGAUCUCGACGCGCUGAAAUGCACAUUGUGAUAAUCCCAAAUGACCGUUUUCUCCUUUUGUGCAGUUAUCUGAUGUACCAUAAUGUCAGAAAUAUUAUAUAUUUCAUUUAUGCUGUAAGUAAGAUUGAUAUAUUUCAUUUUUCAAUGUGAGUGACAAAGGCAGUCUGUAAAUCACAAAACAAGCAUUGCAAUUACAGUAAACAAAUUAUUU